UCGAGGUGAAUGUUAUUUCAGCUACAGAUUCAGUAUCUGACGUGUUACUAUCCCGAACGGAUCGCUUAGCUCGGUGACUCGGUGUGCCAUAGUCAGAGAAAUAAAAAAAUAAAAAUCAUAAAAAAAUAAAAACAAAGUAAGAAAAACACAGAGGCAAACCAAAGUGCCCAAAAAGUAGACUAACGGCAUUUUAAAGUGGAAAGGGCAAAAUACGAAAUUCAUUAAAUAUAUAUGUAUGUAUGCACUUACAUAUGUGGUUAUAGACACUCGCCACACCACUUUUGUGUCAAUGGUAGCGCGAAAUUGUUUUUGUAAAAAUAAAAAUAGUAAAAAUAAAAAUAACGGUAAAUAAAUAUAGAAAAGCGUCUUUCGCCAUACAUGUGCAGCUUGCCAGUGCCCAGUACUCUUUCGGUAUUUCCCUAGACUCGCCAAGGAACUGUUCUGCCGACGACGGCGCGCACCAAUCUAGCGACGGAUCACCCAGCGCUUACUUAAAAACAUACUAACAAGUGAAAUUAAAUAAAUAUUUUCUAAGCAAACAAAAGUAUUUAGCGAUCGUAGAGGACUUGCGGCUUGCGAAAACAAAUAAACGCGCGUAUAAAAUAAAAAAAAAUAUUAAAUAGUCACAAAAAAUGAUGCGGUGUAGCUAAUUGAGCGGAAAAGCAAAAUUAAUAACAAAAAGAAAAUUAAAAUAAAAAAUGUUGAAAAUUAGACACAGCUGUGUUUAGUGUUGAAAUUCUUCGUAUUACCACUUUCCAACAAUAAAUAGUGACAUCAAAUUGUUGGCACGGCUCCACACAACAUAAUUUGAUACCAAUACUUUGAUUUUUUCAAUUAAAAAAAGCUCCCCUCUUCAACUGGUGCAGCAAACGGCGUCUAACGCCACUCAAAAACAAAUCAACAGCUAUCCUCCAUCAAUCAAGCAAAAUACGGCAACCAUGCAUACGCUCUUCACCGAUCAGAACUCCUUUUCGCGUCAUUACGCACAAACCGCCGGCUAUCCGAGUGCGGCCACCGCCGGCGCCAUGACAACAGCUUCGGCGGCGGCAGCGGCACAUUACGCCUACGAUCAGUAUUCACGUUACUCGUAUCCGGCAAGUGCUUACGGCCUUGGCGCGCCUCAUCAAAAUAAGGAGAUCGUAAAACCGCCUUACUCCUAUAUAGCGCUCAUCGCCAUGGCGAUACAGAAUUCGGCCGAUAAGAAGAUCACACUAAACGGCAUUUAUCAGUAUAUAAUGGAUCGUUUUCCAUACUAUCGUGAUAAUAAGCAGGGUUGGCAGAACUCGAUACGUCACAAUCUCAGUUUGAAUGAGUGUUUUGUGAAGGUGGCACGUGAUGAUAAGAAACCGGGUAAGGGUUCUUAUUGGACGCUCGAUCCUGACUCUUACAAUAUGUUUGAUAAUGGUUCGUUUUUGCGACGGCGUCGACGUUUCAAGAAAAAAGAUGUGUUGCGCGAGAAGGAGGAGGCGAUGAAGCGUCAAGCGAUGAUGAAUGAAAAGUUGGCGGAGAUUAAGCCGUUGAAAUUGAUGACCAACGGCAUUCUGGAUCACAAACAUAUGGCAGCGCAUGCACAUUUCAAGAAGGAGCCCAUCAUGGAGCUCGGCUGCUUGGCGGGCAAAGAUAUGCACACCGGUCUGAGCACGGCUAUGCUGAAUUCCUGCCACGACAGUUUGGCGCAAAUGAAUCAUCUGACCGGCACUGUGGAACAUGCCGGUUUCACCGUGGACUCACUGAUGAACGUCUACAAUCCACGCAUACACCACAGCGCCUACCCUUAUCACUUGAAUGAGGAUAAUUUAGCCGUCGCCUCCACGCAAAUGCAUACCCAUCACGCCGCUGCCGCGCAUCACGCACAGCUGCGACAUCAUCAUGCCGCACACGUCUCGCAUACGCAUCCGUUAACGCCUGGCAGUCACGCAGGUGUACAGCUGCAUGGCGGCGGCGGCGGCGGUGGUGGUGGCUUAGUUGGUACUACCGCACUCACCUCGGGCGCCUCACCUACAACGAUCUCAACGCCACAUGGUCCAACACAUGGAGGUUGGUAUACACCUGAGACGCCACCAUCUGAGCCGAUUGGCAAUGGCGGCGCUGGCGGUGGUGGUCCAAAUGGCAGUGCAAAUACCGCGGGCACACCAAAUAAUAACAGUAAUAACAAUAAUAACAACAACAAUAAUAAUAAUAAUAAUCAUAAUCAUAACGGUCCGACAGGUGUGCAUGUUGGCAAUCAGCUGCAUGCGUCGGCAUUAACGGUAACCAGCACACCGUCGGCAAUUGUCGGCGGCGUGGUGACGGGUCACACUACACUCGGCUUUCGUGAUAUGCUCUUCGAGCAAAAUCAGCAAUGCCAAAUGGACACGGGCAGUCCGAACGGCAGCCUUCAAUCCGCCAGCCCACCGACCAGUGCGAGUGCAGCGGCUGCAUCGGCGGCAGCAGCGGCGUCCGUGAUUAGCAGUCAUCAUCACCACCACCACCAUCAUUUGAGUGGGAAUCUGGGAAAUUUAAGUAAUCUGAGCAAUCUGAGUCAUUAUCGUUCGCAUGUGAGUCACUAUCAAGAUUAUGGCAUUAAAUAUGGCGUCUAAGGGGGCGAGCAAGACGUGCAAUUGGCGAGAAGUUGGGCUUCUUAUGAGCCCCAGUUUGCUAACAAACCGAAGUGACACACUUAUCGCGAGCGCUGGUGUGUGUGUGUGUGAGUGUCGUUCGAGUUCUUCGAAACGCUGAAAGAUAAACCACACAUGAGGCAGCUGUUACAAACGCGAUGGAUGGAGUCUAGACGAUUUCGAGAUAUCAAUGCAAAGCAACGAACUUUAAUUACUUUUAGUACUCGCUCUCAAUGAACACACACAAACUACUUACAAAAGGUAUACGAAUUUAUAUUCUAAGUGUUAGUCGUAAUAAAUAUGAAGAAGAGUUAAAUAUUUAUUUUAUAUUCUUACUUUUUAUUGAGGAUCUUAAUACACAUAUACAUGCAUACGGGCUGAUAAUGGUAGCCAAGUCAAGUUGUUAGUUUUGUCUUUGUUAUGAAUACUUUAUAAAAGAAAACUAUCAAAAUAAAAAUAUGUUCGAAAAUAUGUUUUCAAAUAAAAAUCAAA